CCCGCCGCAUACAAAAGCAACGAGAACUAGACAGAUCACUGCAGUAACCAUGAACGCUAACACGGAAACUAAGUAUCCUCUUCACGAGGCUGCUCGCGAGGGGAAAACCUCAACGGCGGAGUCUCUACUAAGCGCCAAUCCUAAGCUCGCUGCCAUCAAAGACGACGAUGAGCGUCUCCCCAUCCACUGGGCUAUAGCCUACAACCAUCCGUCUAUUGUGGAGCUGCUCAUCUCUAACAAGCACUUUGACCCCGACGUGGAGGAUGGAUCCGGCUGGACCCCUCUGAUGAUCGCCGCGAGUUUGAAGAACGCGGAAGGGGACCCUAUCAUUGAUCUCCUGUUGAAAAAGGGCGCAGAUGUCAGCGUGAGGAGCGUUUCCGGACAGAACGCCCUUCAUUUUGCGACCUCCAAAGCCAACCUCUCCACUGUUCGUACGCUGAUUGCCAAUAAAUGCAGCGCUCGAGUCAAGGAUAAACGCGGCCAGCUCGCGCUUCACCGGGCCGCGGCUAUUGGGUCCACUCCUAUCAUCCAAAUCCUACUUGAGGAUGGGAAAAGCCCAGUCAAUGCGACUGAUGUCGAUGGACUGACGGCGUUGCAUCACGCAAUCUCUGAGGGACAUGGUGAUGCGGCAAUCACGCUGCUGAAGGCUGGCGCGGAACCAGACAAGAGAGAUUCCAGCGGGGUGUUAGCUAUCGAUAUGGCACCGGACAACAAGGUUAGGAGCUACAUUCUACAGACUGCAGAGAGGGAGGGGAUUGAGUUAUAAAGUUGGACCGAAAGAGGAUCCGGUGGGCAAAUCGGUGUCGAAACCCAAAAGAAUGUCAUUAAAUUAUUAGACUGGAUACCCGGAGUCUCUCCAGGCUCAUCGCUGUUUCAAUGUUUCAAUAGCUGCUUUUAAAC